GCAGCACGUUUCCUGUGCUCACACACAAACCAGCGGUCAGGAGGCAGAUACAGAGUACCGCCGCCCAGCUGGCGGGACACUGGUUAGCUUCACUUUCUGUUGUAACGGUUAGUUAUGUGAAAUAGCGGAUUGUUAUACGAACGUAAAUAUGCCAGCAUUUGCUCCAAACUGCGCCACCGGUUGAGACUUCUCUGAGUGUAAGUAAACUAACCAGCUAUACCGCCCUACCUGCCUCUCUCCGGUCGCGUUCAGUUCCUCACCUCCGAUAUCGGGUGUCUUAAUGGCGGACGCAAAGGAGCCAGCCCCGGCGAGCGUGGAGGAGGAGACGGACAGUAUAAACGACGCAGAGCUGGCUCUGAAGGGAAUCAACAUGCUGCUCAACAAUGGAUUCAAAGAGAGCGACGAGCUCUUCAGAACAUACAGGAACCACAGUCCUUUGAUGAGUUUCGGUGCCAGUUUUGUGAGUUUUCUGAAUGCCAUGAUGACUUUUGAAGAGGAGAAAAUGCAAAUGGCUUUUCAGGACCUCAAGGCUACAGAGAGACUGUGUGAGAGUGAAAACAUGGGCGUCAUUGAGACCAUUAAAAGCAAGAUCAAGCGCAAUAUGGACUCUCAGAGGUCAGGGGUGGCUGCAGUGGACCGACUCCAGAGGCAGAUCAUCAUUGCAGACUGCCAGGUUUACCUGGCGGUUCUAUCUUUUAUCAAACAAGAGCUGUCAUCAUAUAUCAAAGGAGGCUGGAUCCUCCGUAAAGCUUGGAAGAUGUACAACAAAUGUUACAACGACAUCACACGUCUACAAGAAGGCAGCAGGAGGAGGGGCUCUGAACAGCAAGCGACGCCGUCUUCAUCGUCCGGCUCUGCUCUGUCCCACCACAGUCGCUCUCCCUCACCUGGGUCGAGUCCAUCACAGAGACUGGAUGGCAUCAGCCCCGAGGCUCUGGAUCGGCUGAAAGGUUCAGUCAGUUUUGGUUAUGGUCUUUUCCACCUCUGUAUAUCGAUGGUGCCACCGCACCUACUGAAGAUCGUCAAUCUGCUGGGCUUUCCCGGAGACCGCCAUCAGGGCCUGUCAGCACUCACUUACGCUAGUGAAAGUAAGGACAUGAAGGCCCCCUUAGCUACCUUGGCUCUGUUGUGGUACCACACAGUAGUGCUGCCCUUCUUUGCUCUGGAUGGCACAGACACACAGUCAGGCCUAAUGGAAGCCAAAUACAUUCUUAAACAAAGAGAGGCAAUCUAUCCCAACUCCUCCCUCUUCAUGUUUUUCAAAGGCAGAGUUCAACGCCUUGAGUGCGAGAUCAGUAGUGCCUUGACGUCCUUCAGUAGUGCCUUGGAUCUGGCCUCUGACCAAAGGGAGAUUCAGCACGUUUGUUUAUAUGAAAUAGGCUGGUGCAGCAUGAUCGAACUGAACUACAGAGAAGCCUACAGAGCAUUUGACAGAUUGGCGACUGAAUCUCGCUGGUCCCAGUGCUAUUACGCCUAUUUAACUGGAGUGUGCCAAGGAGCCACUGGUGAUCUGGAAGGAGCCGUUGCUGUUUUCAAGGACGUUCAAAAACUUUUCAAACGCAAGAAUAAUCAGAUAGAAAUGUUUUCCACGAAAAGGUCUGAGAAGCUAAAGAGCUCCAGUAUAUCCAAAGAACUCUGCAUCCUAUCAGUGAUUGAGAUUCUGUAUCUGUGGAAAGCUCUGCCCAAUUGCUCCAAUGCCAAGCUGCAGACGAUGGCCCAAGUGUUACAGGGGAUUGACGACGCCUCGUGUGCAGGCCUGAAAAACCUCCUUCUUGGUGCCAUAAGCAAAUGUCUACAUAAUACCAAAGAUGCCAUUCAGUAUUUUCAGCUGGCUGCAAGGGAUGAGGGGGGGCGUCUGAGCAACUCUUAUGUGCAGCCCUACUCUUGCUAUGAACUGGCCUGUGUGCUGCUGAAUUCCCCAGAGUCUGCGGGGAAGGGCCGAAUGCUAAUGCUUCAGGCCAAGCAGUCUAGCUUCCACUGUUUUUAAGAUAUCGUUGUGGGGGGCGUGGCCUGCGGUGCCGUACAGGGAAGGCGUACGCACCUGCACAGCAUCCACAAUCAUGCCCCGCCGACUUAAAUGUUGUACUGGGUCCUGUGGUUGGAGAGGCGGUGUUGAUGUGAGUACGGCUGGCAGCGGAACAGCUGCGGCCGUUGUGUGUAAAUAGUGUGCCUCAAUAAAAGAUGUUGAAAAGCAGUAAAAUGCCAUCGGGUCUGCUGUGGUCGUUUACAAUCAUUUUCAAGUUUUGUGUGAUGACAGUUACCAACAGCUCGAGCUGAUUUAAUUUAGGUGAAAAUCAGGUUAAGAUCAAGGUCGCACCAUAUGUGAAAAUCAGUACAAAGUUUAUAUUAACCACAAUUUUUUUUUUUAUUGAUCGUCUUCAAACUUCACAACAACAUACUGGGCAUUGGAGGACAUGAGCACCCAUGUCGGCUAAGCAUUUCCCCUUGACCUUCAUUAUUGGCGCCCAAGGUGAAAGUUGGUCUUGAAAAACAUUUUAAGAUACCAUAUCAAAUGUAAUAUGUCAUAUGAAAGGUCAUGAAGAGAGCUUGUGAUGUCACAGUGAUGCCGUAACAGGCUGACAUUAUCAUAUCGUAAUGAAAACAGGCUGAUGUCAGCUUGUUUUAAUAAAAACCUCAUAAAAUAUCAGAGUUUUUAGUGUAGCCCGUGGUCUUUGGGGCGAGUUGCACUAUGAGUGAUCUUGUUACUACUUGAAGUAGUUGGUAACAAGUCCUGCCUUAUUUGAUUAAUUAAAAGUAAUUAGUAGUGUUUGGAUUUCGUCUGAUUUCUGCUGCGGGUCAAAGCUUUCUAUAUAAAACUAAUCAAGUCUUCAGGAUGUUUUCAUUCUGACUCAUCGCUCUAUAUCAGAUUAAGACACUCACUGUCUGAUCAGGUGACAGGAUGUCUAUUGGAGGGCCAGUGCUGCUUGAACUUAGUGAGCUGAGUACACUGGCUUUGUAUUGACCUAAAGUUUGCCAACACUGUAGCCAAGACUCUGUAUAAGGAAUGGAUUUAAAUGGUGUGAAUGCCUGAU